AUGUUCUCAGGUUUUAAUUACAAAGGUGAUCUUUCUGAGACAGAUAUGAAUAAGCCAAGUGUCUUUUACAAUGAUAUACAUAGUACAACUGAUAUGAGUGAAAAUGAUUGGCAUGUUCUGGUCUUUGACUUUCAUAACACAGAUGUAGUUUGGAUUGGAUUCAUUAAUACUGUAUUAUCUCAAGGUAUUUUACCAAUUUGUCUGUUAUUUUUAGCAGCAUUAUUAAACAGUUUUUUUCAUUCUCGUUCACCAACUUCAG